UUUGCCGUUGUUGCUUGUUAAUUGUUUCCCUCUGUUAUUUAUUUGUUUAAAAGUUAAGUAGUGCGCUAUUAUUACAUAACAAAAAUCUCUUGUCCCAUACACUCCGUGUGUAUCUACACAACAGCCUAUACCGGUAAACGAUGGACACAAACCUCGCGGAACUCCGUAAGCAAUGUAUGACAAGUCUCUAUCUCUGCUCGGACAACAUCACCAAAUAUCUGGACGAGGAUAAAGAAGAAGAAUUUGCGAAGUUGAAGUCUUAUGUGGAGGACUAUUGCAUGCUGGAAGCACAGGAGGAUGUGGCUAAACAGGCGUUGGCGAAGGCAGAAGAAGAAACAGAUGCAUCAAAUGUGGACUCCCUCCAAGAUAAGUUUAGCCAGUACCUCAUAAGCUUGGCGAACAAGAGACUCAACAUAUCCAAGCACCCCUAUAUGGUGGAAAUGAACAAGAGGGUGCAGCGGGGGAUGAAGGAUACCAAGAGUAACUUAGAAGAAUCUGACUUAGCUAUUACUGAAUCUGACAAUAGAAUGAUUGAUCCAAUAACCAAGAAGCCCAUAGAGGAUCCAGUCCGGAACCGCCUGUGCAACCACGUGUACGAACGGGCCUCGAUCAUGCAGCUGCUAAGCGUGAACCGAAGAACCAAGUGUCCAGUGGUCGGGUGCGGCAACAAGCAGCCCGUGGAGUCCCACCACCUGGAGUCCGACGAGGAGCUGAAGUUCCGCCUGACCUUGGACGCUCACUCCACCAUGAUACAGGGCGGCGACCCCCUCGCAUUAGAUGACACCAUCUAGAACAGCAUGCGGCCCGCGAACCUCUCGCUUGCGGCCACAAGACUAUUAUUUUCAUAGUCUACAUUAGAGAUGCACCGGAUAUCCGGUUACUAUCCGGUAUCCGGCCAUUAUUUUACUAUCCGGCCGGAUUCGGAUAGUGACCUAUUAUCCGGCCGGAUAGUGAUAGUAACGUUGCUUGAUUUCGGAGUAAAAAAAUUGGAUUUAAGAAACAGACACGGUCAUAAUCGUACUUGUUUACUAUUUAAAAACAAUUUAAUCAUUCCACUGACUUGCACGCGCACUCAUUUCGAACCUAGAAAUGAGUCCGCGCGAACGUUUACUAGGAAACAGGUCAAACCUGCAGAAUGCGCCCCUGAAAAAUCGAAAUAUAGGUAUAGUUCCGCUGGCCGAAUAUUCGGCGGCCAAAUACCGGAUAUUCGGCCGAUAGUCAGGCCGAAUAUCCGGUAUCCGGCCAAACAACUAUCCGUUGCAUCUCUAGUCUACAUCUAGCAUCGAGUAGCAGAAUUAUCAGUACCGCUACUCAAGUAGAACUAGAAUUCUCUAAUGUCGCGACUCGCGAAAAUUGUAUUUGAACAACAAUUUACAACUAAAAUUAAAAGCAAAAGGAGUUCCGGUUAAUCUGGUUAUAAUAUGAGCUCAAAAUUGAUGAGCAUUAGAUUUUUCUGUUGUUGUAAAAUCUAUUGUCAAGUAGCAGUACUGAUAAUUCCGCUACUCGAUGCUAGAUGUCGACUAUGAAAAUAAUAGUCGUUUUGGUACUAAAACUGAUGUGUGGAGUGAGCACUCUUAUGUAUUUUUAGAGUUCCGUACCCAAAGGGUAAAACGGGACCCUAUUACUAAGACUUCGCUGUCCGUCCGUCUGUCUGUCACCAGGCUGUAUCUCACGAACCGUGAUAGCUAGACAGUUGAAAUUUUCACAGAUGAUGUAUUUCUGUUGCCGCUAUAACAACAAAUACUAAAAACAGAAUAAAAUUAAGAUUUAAAUGGGGCUCCCCAUAGACAUAAUAUAUAUAUAGACGUAGUCUCAGCGAGCUGUCACUGUUGCCACUUUUGUUUAGUGUACGAUUAACAAUGUGGCCCACGUUGCUGUAGCCAUGUCGAUAAAGUCAUAUCGAUAAACUAUCGACAUUUCUUGCAAUUUUAAUUUUACUUCAAAGGCUUAACGAUACCUAAAAUGACCAAAAACGCUUUUAUUCUUUAUUGUGGUUAUCAGAUCACAAUUUUAUAGUCACGCCCCAGCAGGGAACCAAGGGAAAGUUCAGAUAUUUAAUUAAAAUACAUAAAUACCUCCUAAAAUAGGUGUUCCGCAAUAAUUGAAUUAUAUUAUUAUAUUAUAAUAUAUUCAUUAUCCAUUAGCAUUUCAAUAAUGUUUAUGUUUAACGAAGAUAUUGAAGCUUCAAUUAAUCGCAAUUUCGUUCCGCUGUGUAGCGUUUAUCGAUAUAUAACAUGAUUAAAAUCGACUUUUCACAUCCCUAAAAGAGCACACAUAUACGCUUUUACGCACACAUACACAGGGUGGGCGCAUCAAGAAAGGCAACACUUGAUUUGAAGUCCGCCUUGUCAACAGUAUGGUUGUCCUUUUUUGACAAACGGCAUUUUAAAAGAGCGAGGUGAGAGAAAUGAUACUAGUUGCUGCGUCGUGAAAGAGAACAAAAAAGGUUGGGCCCUUGGGGCUCCCAUACAACAAACGUGACUUUUGACCAAAGUUAAGCAACAUCGGGAGUGGUCAGUACUUGGUUGGGUGACCGUUUCCUUUUUUUUUGCAUUAUGGUACGGAACCCUUCGUGCGCGAGUCCGACUCGCACUUGCCCGGUUUUUUUCUCUGUGCCAUCGCCCACACUGUAACUGACAGUUUGUAAACCUUAUUACAAAAGGCAUAAGGUCCACAGAUGGACAGUUAAGAGU